AUGGCUGAAACAAUCACUACAAUCUCACCCAUCACCAACAAGGGCAUCAUUGAGCGCAAGGGACUCAGCGACUCGGAGCUCAGCGACUUGGCCAGCAGAUCGGCUGAAGCUUUCAAGUCUUACAAGAAGACAUCCCUGGAGGACCGCAAGAACUAUGUCAAGAAGGCUCUGGAAGUCAUCACAUCCAAGCAAGAUGAGCUCGCAAAGGAGAUUACCGAACAGAUGGGACGACCAAUCGCCUACACGGCUGUCGAGGUGAAGACAGCCGUUGCUCGUGGCGAGUACCUGCUCAAGAUUGCCGAGGAUGCUCUGUCAGACACUCCUGGUGAGCCCCAGGAAGGCUUCAGGCGUUUCGUUCGCAAGGUGCCUCUGGGCCCUGUUCUUGUUCUCUUCCCCUGGAACUACCCUUACCUCACUCUUGUCAACUCGAUCGUUCCCGCUCUCCUCUCCGGCAACAGUGUCAUCAUCAAGCCUUCGCCGCAAACACCAACCAUCGCUGAACAGGUCGUGGCUGCCUUUAACGAAGCUGGUCUUCCCAAGGACGUCAUCCAGUUUUUCCACUGCGGUGACUUCCAAAAGAUUGAGAAACUUGUCAAGAACCCCAACGUUCAGCUAGUUUGUUUUACCGGAUCCGUUGCUGGUGGUCUUGCUGUACAGAAGGCUGCAAGCGAAAGAGUCGACUCUAGAGUUGGACUCGAGCUAGGUGGAAAGGACCCUGCAUACAUCAGGCCCGAUGUGGAUCUGGCGUGGGCUGCAGAAGAGAUUGUCGAUGGUGCCGUCUUCAAUUCUGGCCAGAGUUGUUGCAGCAUUGAGCGUGUCUAUGUCAACGAAAAGGUCCACGAUGACUUUGUCAAGGAGGUCCAAAAAGUUCUGGCCAACUACAAGCUGGGUGAUCCGUUCGACAAAUCUACGCAUGUUGGGCCUGUUGUCUCCAAACGCUCCGCCGAAACCAUUCGGGCUCACGUCAAGGAUGCUAUCUCCAAGGGCGCUCAGGAUAUGACUCCCAAGAACUCGUCCUUCGAGUCCCCGCCGGCCGACGGAAACUACGUGGCUCCUGUGCUACUAACCAAUGUCUCGCACAAAAUGCAUGUCAUGACCGAGGAGACUUUCGGUCCGGUCAUCCCUGUCAUGAAGGUCAAGGAUGAUGCCGAAGCCAUCAAGUGGAUGAAUGACAGCCAAUUCGGUCUCACUGCCAGUAUCUGGACAAAGGAGACCGAAAGGGGUUAUGAGCUUGCCGACGACGUCGAGGCUGGAACCGUCUUUGUCAACAGAUGCGACUACCCUGCGCCUGACCUUGCAUGGGUCGGCUGGAAAGAGUCUGGCAAGGGACAGACCCUGUCAAAAUUCGGCUUCGAUCAGUUUUCUAGACUCAAGAGCUAUCACAUCAAAAAUUACCCUAAAUAG